GCUUACAUUAACCGAAAUAAAACGAAAAUACAAAUCGUUAUAAUCUUCUUAACGCAAUAUUCAUUUCUGUUUAUAUUUUGAACGAAAGCGGAUUGUACGAAGCGAAAUGGCGGAGUAAUCUAAUGUCGUUUGAUCGAUAAGCGUUCGCUCUCCUCUCGGGCGAGACGGUCAAAACGAAGCGUAAUUAGCAAAAUAUUUUGACGCGGAUUUAUAGAAACGUCGCGAACAAAAAAAGUUUCAAAUUGUUGAACUCGAUGCGAGCGCGCUGACAAGAUGCCUCCGAAGAAGAAGAAAGACGAGGCGAAAGAGAUUCCGCAAGACUUGGAGUACAUCGAAUCGGAAGUGGAGAUCGCGGAAACGAUCGAACAAGAGUCCGCGAAACCGAGGAUAGCUCUGCUCACCGGCGAGGUUUAUGGCCCGCGAGUACGUUUUAUCAGUGAAAAAGCCGAGGAGGAAAGUUCGGACGACGAGGCCGAAUCGGAGAGCGAGGAGGAGGACAGAUAUCAGGAAGAUCAUCCGGAAUUGCCGUCCGAAUUCUGGCACAUACAGAAGCUCAUCAAGUACAUGAAGGGUGGCAACCAAACUGCCACUAUGGUGUCACUGUGUCUGCUGAAGGACUAUGAGCUUACCAACAAGGUUAUACAGAAGGCUAUUCACGAAAUGGGCGGUCUCGAGAUAUUGGUAAACCUUCUUGAAACGAACGACAUCAAAUGUCAGAAUGGUUCGUUGUCGGUCUUGUUGCAAAUCGCAACUUCGACCGAAAUGAAGAGGUAUCUGAUCGAUUUGGACGUCACGACGCCAUUGAUUCAAAUGUUGAAGCAUCCCGCCAGAGAUAUCCAGAUUUUAGCAGCCGAAACAAUGGCAAUUAUAGCACAAAUUAGAAAAGCUCGAAAACAGAUACGAAUCCGCGGUGGAAUACCGCUUAUUCUCGAUGUGAUGGACGUGCCGGACGAGGUUCUUCGGCGUUCGUACGACGAGCUGAGCGAAACUAGCAAGGAACUGGUCGCGGUCGCCAUUGGUUGCGCCAAGGUUCUCGAUUCCUUGAGUAGCAGUCCGAAAGUCAAGGAGGAACUUCGCAAACACGGCGUCGUUCGCUUGAUGUCGCGUUUCCUGAGAUCUAAGCACACCCAAUUGAUCAUACCCACCAUGGGCGUCGUCCAGCAAUGCGCCGAUCUGAACAUUUUCAGGGAAGAGUUCGAGCGAGUGGGCAUCAUUGACGAGCUUGUGCGCCACUUGAAGAACGAGAGCGUGAAGCUGAAGGAGAACUGCGCCCUGGCGAUCUUCAAAUGCGCGUCGAAUCGAGAGACCCGGGCGAUAGUGCGCCAGGCGGGCGGCCUCGAUCCGCUCUGCAAGCUCGUACAGAGCGAGGAGGUGCGAGCGAACAAACGUCUGCUGGCCGCGGUAACCGGCGGUAUCUGGAAGUGUGCCAUCAGUCCGGAGAACGUAACGAGAUUCAAUCAGAACAACUUAGUGGGGUCUCUGGUGCCGCUGCUCGAAGAAAAUGAAGACGAACGGGUGCUGGCCAACAUCGUAGGCGCCCUAGCCGAAUGUUGCAAAGAUCCCGCUAACAGGGACGUCUUGAGAAUUAACGAGGGUCUGCCAAAACUGAUCAGAUUGUUGAGCGCCACGUACGAGCCAUUAUUGGAGAACGUGCCGCUUGUGUUGAAAGAGUGCGCCGUGGAUGAGCGUUGCAUGGACAUCAUCAACGAUACCGAGCACCGGUUGGACGGCGCGCGAUUGGUCUGGUCUCUGUUGAAGCAUCCCAGCGACGUGAUCAAGCGCAACGCGUGUCUCGCGCUGGUGCCCUGCAUCAGACACGCCAAAGACUCGCCCGAAAUGGUGCGCGCCUUCGUGGGCGGUUUGGAGCUCACGGUCAGCCUACUGGAAAGCACAAACACGGAAGUGCUCGGCGCGGUUUGCGCCAUGAUCGCGGAGAUCGCCACCGAUCCUGAGAAUCUCGGCAUCUUGACGGAUCACGGGGUUGUGAGGAAACUGGCCGCCCUCGUGGAGACCGAUGACGAAAAUUUGCGCGCGAAUCUAACAUUGGCGAUAGCGUACUGCUGCGAAUGGGGUCAGAAUAAUUACGAAUUCGGCAAGCUGAACGCGGUCGCGCCGCUCGUUAAUUAUAUGACCAGCAAGAACAAGGACGUGUUGAAGGGUGUUUGUAUCGCGGUGUAUCAUUUGAGCAAGGAGCCAUUAAAUUGUGUGACCAUGCACACCUGCGGCGUCAUUAAGCACGUCUUGCGUCUGGUGGGCUCGGAGGAUCCGGAGGUGCAGAUCGCAGCCGCUUCCACCAUUCGUCACAUAAGAAAACUCGCUUUGGCAGCUGAAAAAUUCCACUUGAAGGAAACGAGCACGUUGCAGGAAACCGAUUUCCGUCUGUGAAUACACACAGUAGUAUUCAUUAUCAAUACGGACAGAGGAAGAGGAGGAAGAAGAAAAAAAAUAUAUGUAUAAAAUAAAAAGAUAUUUUAUUUUGCGUGCUUAUAUAAACAACGGUUCACAAUUUGUAAUAUCUCUAAAUAUUCAUAAUUUUGUGUGUGCUUAAACCUUACACAAUAUAUUUCUUUCCACCGACGUAACAAUGAGUAACACACACAUAUGAAGAAUAUUAAGCGUGAAGAAAAGGCAUAAAGAAUUUACCUGUACACACCACAUUCUCGUAGAACGUUUAACUCUUUUUUGUAUCGGACAAUAUAUAUAUAUAUAAUUUAUAUAUAUAUAUAUGUAUGUAUAUAUAUAUAUAUACAUAUAUAUUUUAAUUAUUAAAUUACAUUUAAUAUAACAAGGCGAUGAUUUCAAUUUGAGCAAAAUAUGUACCUUAACAAUGUCCCCGCGCUUCAGGAUCGAAGCUAUAUUCGAGAAUACGGGUAAACGUACGAGAAGAGUAAAAAGACAUUAAGUAAAAUUUCAAACAAGUGUAGAAAAUGCUGCAUUUUUUUGUUGUUCACUCACGCAAACCAACGGACUUGAAUUCUUGAAAAGAGUUUCGUCUUUUUUUUUUUUUUUUUCGAAAUGUACAGAUUACGUGACGAUUAAAUGGCAACAUUUUUUUUAAUAAAAAAAUUUUGAUUCAUUUUUUUCGAGCUAUUUAUUAUUUAUCUAUCCUUAGCGGAUAGUUGCGUUUCGAUUGUUGAAUCAUGAUCAACCACACCCGCAGUUUAUCGCGACUAAGAAUUUACUUGAUAAAUUGUUUUUCACGUAAGUCAGUUUCACCAAUUUUGUUUGAACCGAAAUUCAUAUUACAAAUAUUUUUGGGGAUCGGAGAAAUUAUUGACAUACAAUAAAUAUAUUUAUUAUUCCGUUUUGCUAAUUUGCAAGAAGGUAAAAAAUCAUUUUAAAUCUGACUUGAUCAGACUUUAGUAUAUUGUGUGGUGAAACGUUUCUCUAAAAUUAGUAAAAUACACUAAAAUAUAUAUCAUCAAUGAUUAUACAAUAAAUGGCAAUAAUACGCACAACAUGUCUAUUCUACAAA